UCGCCGCCCGCCGCGCCCGCUGCGCCGCUGGAGGAGCUGGGCGACCUCAGCGAGGACACAGACGGCAGCGUGCCCGCGUCGCCAAACCACCACCCGGGCAUGUCGCAGGACGACGACUUCGGCCAGGACCAGGUCACCGUGUGCAAGUGGGAGGGCUGCGAGGCCGGCGACGUCGAGAACAUGGACAACCUGGUCGAGCACCUGCACGACGACCACAUCGGCACGCGCCAGAAGAAGUACAGCUGCGAGUGGUCCGACUGCACCCGCAAGGGCAUCCCGCACGCCAGCGGCUAUGCCCUGCGCGCCCACAUGCGCAGCCACACGCGCGAGAAGCCCUUCUACUGCACCCUGCCCGAAUGCGACCGCUCCUUCACCCGCUCCGACGCCCUCGCCAAGCACAUGCGCACCGUGCACGAGACCGAGGCCCUGCGCCCGUCCGACCCCGUGCCCAAGCACCACUCGUCGAACCCGUCCAACAAGUUCCAGCGCAUCAAGCUCGUGCUGUCCGGCGAGGCCAAGCGGCCCUCCGAGUCCAAGGCCAGCACCCCCGCCUCGCCCUCGUCGCUGCACCCGCCGCCCGCCGCCGCCCAGCCCGCCCACGCCCCCGACGCCGACCACGCCCACAACAACAUCACCUACAUCCAGGACCUCGCCUCGCCCGGCGCCCCGACCAUGGUCCAGUUCCCGCCCGACGUCGCCUUCACGCCCGCCGAGCUCGCCCUGCCCGCCGACGCCCUCUUCCACGCGCUGCGCCGCACCCUGCAGUUUGCCACCGAGGAGGGCGACGUGCUGCGCGCCGAGGCCGACGCCCUCGAGAAGCUCCGCAAGGCCGAGUGGGACGCCAAGGAGGUGCUGGUCGAGAACUACAUGGAGUUCCAGAUUGCCAAGGCGAAGCGCGACCGCCUGGAGCAGGGCCUGCCCGACCAUGUCGAUGGCUUGGACGCCGCCGAGCACGACGUGGCGCCGAGCAGGAAGCUGGCCAUUGAGCCCAAGGACGGGAAGUUGCCGUGGUGGAGGGAGGACGCGUGGGUGACGCGGCUGGCCGAGAGCGGCCCGGAGAACGGAGCCAGACUGGGGCACGACGGCGCGCGGACGGAGGGCUCUGUAGCGUGAGCGCGAUUGAGGAAAAGGGUGUGGAUUUCAAGCAGGCGUUUUGGGCGCUUCCCGAUGCUGCACACGACACGAUGCACCGGUGCAUAGACAGACGAUGAUUUAGAGAUACCAAUUCAU